AUGUCCACUGUAAGGGCACCACGCACCGCGGUGCAAGGUCUACCUGUAUGGUUGCGAUCCGACCUGACGACGAAGUUGAUGGACAUCCACGACAACGCCGGGGCAACGGGUGCAACAGAAAUACCAUUCGCCGUAGUGGAAACAUUGAACGCUCGAGGCUGUAAGGAGCUUUCGGUCGUUCCAGAUCAAUGGUUGCGGAAAUCAAAAAGUGGACACAUUUUGUUCUGGCCAAACGCAAACAGUGUCGCAGAACAAAAUAAAUUGAUCCGUGACGAAAAAAGCUGCCCAAAAAAGUCAUGGCUGAAGUUCGGAUGUACGGUGAGACGAAAUCCUAUAUCUUCUUUCACUGAAGGGAAGCGUUUGAUGGAGGAAUUGUCCGGAGAAUCAUCUUCCGACGUCAGUCAGCUAAUCCAACGGAAGAGAAAACACCAAAUUCGCGAAACCGAUAUCUUUCAGAAAAUGUUUGUUCUGGAAAAUCAAUCCGUCUCCCUAGCAACACAAGCAACCACUCCACCGACCCCCGUCAUCAUCAAGGUAAGAGAAAGUGUUCGGAAUGAAAUCCUCCCUCAAGCAACAACACCAACCCCACCACCACCACCACCACCACCCGCUGCAUUUGAGACAAUCUCUGAAGAAAAUGUCGAGACCAUUCAGUAUGUAACAACAGCAGCUCCUCCACCACCACCCACUGCGUCAAUUACUGAAGACAAUAUCCAGACCGUUCAAUAUGUGACGUACGAAACUGUUCAAACACCGGAUGCGUUGACGGAACCAGAUAAACCGACGCAGAAAUGUUUGAGUGAAAUUGUUGAACUAUUACAUCAAAUAAACAACCGGCUGGAUCGGUUGGAUAAGCGGACAGCGGAUAUCACCACUCAACAUGAAUUUAUCUUGGACGCCAUCCGAAAAUUCAGUACCCGCGUGACGAACAUCGAGGACCCACCGUUAUUUUGUUUUGAUCCUAUUGAACAAGAACAAGAGCUAGCUGAUCUGGAGGCCAAGCUGGCGGACAACGAUUUCAAAUCGAAAAUGGUCAAAUGGUUGCGAUUGAACGUUAGCGGUGAUUGUGCUGAUAAUCGCAUGCUAGGUGUUCUCGAUAUGCUGUUCAGCAAACAGUUUCAAACUAAAUGCACCUGGACUGGAGCAAGUCGGAAGGGACCAAAAAUAGCUAUAAUGCCGAACCGCAAUAUUCUGCAACUAUUUCAACAGAUUGGAACCGAUGAAGUAGAAGUUGUCACCCAUCAGAAGCUGGCAAGUUUUUUCAUGAGAAAACUCAAAAACUCUCUUAAACGCUUGAUCGCUACUGGCAUGCGUCGAGGAACCAGACAUGUAAGAAGAAGAAAACAACAACGAGAGACUGAUGAACAAGAAGUUGAAUUUGAAAGUGAUGCUGGGUCGAUCUUUAUUCCAUCAAUUGUAUUGAACGGACAGGAUGAUGAACGUAGUCAUUCGCAUAUUCGCAACACUAGCAAUUCGCACAUUCGCAGUGAAUCUGAUUCGGACGUUGAUUCAUCGGACGCGUAG